AUGGAGGACGCGAUGAAGGACAAAAAGACGAUGGAGGGGUGCAAUGCAGGUAUGAUACAGUACUGUCUCGCUUAGAGGCGCUUUGGUCUCUGUAGUAAAUAACUAGCUAAUAUAGAGAUCUGUUUGGUGGUACACUUUUUAAGUAGGUCUUAAGUCAGCGUUAACAUAAAAUAAUUAAGAAAGCUUGAAAUCUUUUAAAGGCAUUAAGCUCAUUUCUGCAGGCCCAGUCCAAAGGAAUGUGAAGCGGAGCCGUGUUUCUUUGUGACUUCUUGAUACAGUUUUGGGUUUUCAAUUCUGUCCAGUCCUUUUAAAUACGUAGGACUCGAAUAAACGAUGAUAAGAGUCGUACGUCAGCGGGUAAAUCGUCAGAUUGUGCCUUCAGAACGCCGCGUCUAGUUUUUCUUUUUCCUUUUCUGAGAACGAAGCGAUUUAUAUUGAAAGUCUCCUCUAUCGAAUAAUUUUCAAAAAAGAGCUCGAGGUCUCGAGCCUUGUUGCUGUAAUUUAUGCGCACCCUGAUUAACUAUAUUAGAGAAUGCAAGAAGAACUCAAAGAGUCACUUGCGCAAUUCAGGUUCCAACGUGAUCGUGCUUAAAUAUGGCUCAAAGUGGCAAAAAAUAGGGCCAAAAUUUUGUCGAUAAAAAACUGCUUACUCAAAUUAUAGUGUCUGUGGAAGAAGCCAAGGGCGGCGCAACAUGCGGAAAGAAGUCAAGUGUCUGGGGCAUACAGCAAACCAGUUCGUUUCAAAUCUCGUUUCAAAACACGAUAUCAAUGUAGUUUUGGGAAAAGUUCAUGCAAAACUAACCAGCAGAGUCAAUAUUUUGAAAAAGCAACUAGAAAAGUGAUAAACUUACAAAGAACCGAUUGAACGACGUUCCGAGACGAAAAAAGAAAUACUAGAAAGGUCAAUGUUUCAGGUUGGAAACAUUUAUAUUCGAGCCUCGAACUUUUUCGUCCUUUAGUUCUACAGUUUUUUUAAUAAAAAAAUUUUUCAAGGGAACGCAUUCGUAUCGGUCUUUGGAGGUGUGGUGCGGCUGAAAAGUGGAUCGGAAGUCGUUCCAACUGUUCCCUGUGCACCCACGAGCCCCAACCAACCCACCGGCAGCAUCCAGAAGCCGAAGGAAGAGGGUAGAUUAUGUUGAACCAAUUAAAAAAAGUUUGUGUUUUUUUAAUACUCGCAAGACUAGUUAGGCUAGUGGAGCUGGAAAAAUGGAAAAAUGGAAAAAAGAGAAACCAAAAAACUGAAUACAGAAAAAUGAAAAAAAUGUUCUCGGGUCAAGAACCGCGUACGCACACGCUACGCGUCCCGCCCAUUUCUCUCCUCCUUCGCCUUUUGAGUCGGGAAAGUUGACUAUAUGAGACUUUUUUUCCAAUACUGGAAUUCAAACAGUACCACGCUAUCACUUUAUCCAAAAGUCAAGAUUCUCUAGCUAACAAAGGGGUCUGCAGAGAAUCAGCCAACUCUCAGAAGAAUUCAAUCUUAAAAAUUUUGAUCUAAUUGCUUUUGAGUCAGUUCUGUUUCACGGUUUUGUAGCCCCUACUGGAUAUGAAGUCGAAGGAGGCGGUGAAGCGGCGCUCAGCGCGACCUUUCAAAAAAUGGAGGAGAAAAAAGUAGACGCGGACAAGUUGUUAUCGGAGUUGACGAUAGCAGAAUCAACUAGAAAAGGUGGACCAAUGGACGGAGUGCCCACUUCGGCGGAGCAGAGAAAAAAGACAUUCGCAAGGAGGAACCGUAAGCGUUUCUUUUACAUUUAUUCAUCUCUUCAUCAUCGAUGAAACUGAAGUUAUGAAUUCCAAACAACAGACGAGUACUUCAGCGAUUCAUCAUUCUCAUCCGAUUGUUCAUUUUGCAAUGAAUAAAGUAUCUUUUAUAGUCGAUUCAUGGCUAACUUGAGACGAUAAGGAGGCGUGGCCUGUCUGCGCUCUACGCCAAUUAGGCACGUCUCUGCUUAGUCGUUUCAGGACCUGUUUUUUGAUGGCUUAAGCCAGUCGUGAAUCAACUAUAGCUGGUUCACGGCUGACUUGAGCCAUUGAAAAAAGGGUCCUGACAUGAAGUUGCACGAGACAGUGCCCUGCUCGUGGAGAGCGCAGACAGGCCACGCCCUCUUAGCGUCCCAAGCUAGCCGUGAAUCAACUAUAUAAGGACUACGAGACCACUUGUAAGAAAAGUCAAAAAAAAAAAAAAUUAAAAACAAGUGAAAAUGGGCUUCUAAAAUAUAGGCGGAAUUUUCAAAAAAAUAGAAAUAUUUGAUAUUUUUCGUCGAACUUUAGAUUUAAACUCGUUGGGUUUUGUGAAUAAAUUAUACCAUUAAUGAUCAUCAAAAAAAGUAAACUUUUUUUCAAAAACUCUUGUUAGUUUCAUUCUGGAAAAGGCGGUCAAUCUUCAUCCAUCGAUUCAUUUCGAGAAGGUCCAUUUCUAAUCUUUGAAGUUUAACGGAAGUUUUUUUCAAAUAGAGCUUGAAAGAAAUCAAUAGAAAUAUUCUCAGAAAAUCAUGUGAGCUUGUAGGAACUGAGCAAUUCGUGUGGUAACAUUCGAACUUCUUAUAUUUGAAAAAACUAGAGAAACGUAUUUUUAUAUGGUUUUAUGAAUCACUUUAGCCGCUACUGUCAAAUUUUUCAAGAUCAAACUUCCGAAAAACAGAUGAACUGUAAACACACAAUUGUGUAAAACGAUUUCCCAUUCUACUUACAGGAGAUGAAAUCCAUGACAUUAUCGUCCCGGAAAGGGAAGUAGUUGUCGUAAAAGUUGACGACGAGAGUUUCUUGGUACAUCUUCAGUUUUAUCACGGGUAAAAUGUUUAGAUUGAAUACCACAUCAAAAUCGAUUAUGUUCAGAUUCUUACCGCAAAUGGAGACCCGAAUUUUUAUUCGGCGAUCCGGCGAUUUUUUGUUGAGAAAGUGGGAAGGUGAAACAAAACGGAAGUUUAGACUAUUUAAUAAAGUUAUUCAGACGAAGGACAAGAUUUUCUUGUCGUGUCAGUCGGCGUCUUGUUGGACUACACAAAGGAUGGGAGCGAGGGUGAUUUAUUUUUGGAUUUCUUUGAAGAUUUCCAUAGUCGUGAACUUUUCCAAGUCAAUUUUGAAGCAACUUUCCAAACUUUAUAGUGAAAAUAUAAUAGAACUUCUUCAAUGAGAUUUUCUUUUCUUCUUCUAGCGACUUAUGAGAUUUUUCCGAGAGUUCCGACAGUUUCAACCAAAAUUCCUAUCUCAUCAUCCCCUUCUCGUCCGAGUUUCAGAGCUAGAGGAAAAUUAUGGGCAAGACGAGCCAGUAAGGGUCAAAGACUACAUUGUUGAACGAAACGAAGUUGGAUUGUUCAUCGACGAACAGAUAACAUUCGACUCUUUGGAGAACCUACUUGCCUAUUAUGUAUUUCAUCCGAACAAGGUAAAAGCUAUUGGUAAAGAAGAAUUUUGGAGGAAUAUAGAGUGAAAGCGGAAAGGUCUGAUCAUUUAUGCCGUUCAAAAAUACAAAAAAACUGAAAAAUAUAUAAUUUCAGGCGUCUCUCAAGAUCCAAUUGAAGCGUCCCUGUCCGAGGCGCGUCUUUCAGUUUUGCGAGGACCAGAUAACGAAAGUAGAAAGAGUAAGUUAUAAAAGGCGUAAAAGUCCAAAAUUAUGAAAAAUAAUGAACCAUCUAUGAACAGUAGAAUCUUCAGCACUACUGAAAAAAUGAGUGUUUCUCAAUUUUGAACAUUCCGCUUAUUCAAGAAAUUGUUAAAACACAUUUGUCCAACAAGAAUCGCACUAAAGUGACGGAAAGUAGAGAAAACCGUCAAGCCUGAAUUUGGAUUCGGCUGAAAAAGAAAUUUAAACUAACAAGACCUUUUUUUUCGUAUCUUUUGAUAUUCAAAAAAGGUUGACCAAAGUAAAUUCAUCUUUUUCGCUCGGCUCUGGGGCCUUCGGAGAGGUUUACCGAGCCGAAAUGAAGACUAUCGGGAUUUCCGACGUGACAGUUGCAGUCAAGUCGGUGAGUACAACUAAAGGAGUGUUUUUGGAAUAACAUCUAUCUUUGCAGCUUUUAAAGGAUAGUCCGAAUCUAAGAGAGUUGAGCGAAAAGAUGCUGGAUGAGGCCCGCAUCAUGCUCACCCUCAGCCACGAGCAUGUCAUCGAAAUUUACGGAUGGGUCAUCGACAAACAACCUUUCAAGCUCGUGCUAGAGCUGAUGGAAGGUGAGCAACUAUUAUCAUGUUGGAAAAAAGCUCAAGAAAAAACUUUCUUUCAGUAUAUUAUUCAAUGUUUAAAUAUUAUUUUUCAAAGCUCUCAAAACUCUAUAAAGGAAAUGAAAGCUGUAAACGUAAAUUGAAGCAGUCUUUUAUAAUUUCGUUUUUCCUUACGACACGGUAUUUCGCAGGGGGCUCACUGGACUGCUUUCUGAUGCAAAAUUUUGACGGCUCGAAUAACUCACGUCUUCUGAAAUUGGCGCUUGAUGCCGCAAAAGGAAUCGCGCAUUUGCACGAGAUGGAAGUGCUCCACCGGGAUGUGGCCGCCCGUAAUUGCUUAUUGACUUCAGACCUCACGGUUUGAUCCAAAUAAUCAACAGAAAUUAGAAAGAAGUAUUUUCUAGCUAAAAGUUUCGGACUUCGGUCUUGCAACAUCCGGCCGAUUCUACUUCAUGACGACAGCGGAGAAGUUACCGACACGGUAUUUAUCGCCGGAGACCCUGUCAAUGUACGUCUUUGUUCAAGCUACCGACUCUUUUGCUUUCGGAGUGAGUUGGCUCGCUUAGGAUCAGAGAAAAAAAAAUGGUUUAUUUCAGAAUCUUCUGUACGAGAUUUUUUCGGGGGGAAUGAUGCCCUUUGAGGAUCUUAGUUCUGCCGAAGCAAGAGAAAAAGUCUGUUUCAUUUUUUUCGAUUAUCUUUCAGCUCAAAAUGCUAACACUUAUAAUGGCAUGACUUUUUUUUUUACAAAGAAAACGUUUUUAGAACUUCAAUAUUGUUCGAGAACUUGGCCUUUCAAUUAAUUUUUUUCAAUAGUAUAUAAAAAGAAAAAAAUUUUUUUCGACUUCAUCUACACUGGAGACAAUUUUUAUUGUUAAAUUUAAAAUUUCCAAAGUUACUAUGAAAUCUUUCAAACACUUCUUAUCUCAAAUAAAAUGAACUUUUCGGAAAAUUCCUCUUCGAAAAAAGAUUGCAAACGUAUGCAAAAUUCAAAACUUCCCGGUAAAAAACUUUUUAGUCAGAAAAAAUUAUUUGUUGAGAUUCUGACUGGCGAGAUGAACGAUCUGGAACAGACCCGCGCUUCACCGGCCCUUCGCUCUUUCGUCGAACAGAAACUGUGGACCUACCAGAUGAGGGACAGGACGGACAUGGAUGAGGUUUUCGAGUCUAGUUCACAAUCACAGGAAAACUUUCAGACAGUGGAAUUUCUCAAAGUCCUUUACAGAGACUGUAAAAAGGUCGGUUCUGUUACAUUAGUUUCUUAUUUAAAUACUUCUUCAGAUCGAAGGAGGACCGAAGACAAUCACGGAAGGGACCCUUGUGAGUUUAUAAGAGCUUAUGAACAGGAAUUUCCCAAACUUUUUUCGAUGCUUUUUGGUGACUUAAGAAGGGGAAAAAAUUUCCGGAAAACCCUGACUUGAAUCGAUUUUUUUUCAUGUGGAAAGGUGAUAAAGAAGUAUUGAAAAAAAACAGAAGAUUUAGUUCUUAGAGUCAAAAUUUUUUUAUCAAGCAAAAAACCCCUAUCACUACAGGAGAACAAAGACGCAGAAGCCUUUAAGAAAAAUGUUUCCAUCAAAAUUCGUCGUCGAAAACCUGUGAGCCGCACGGUCAGUUACAAUUUACCUGGACCAAAUUGAGAACUUUUUCAGGAGUUAAUGGAGGAUAUUUGUCCCACACAAGAAGAGACGGUCGUCAACAACGACUGA